UCCUAAUCUGUCCUUUUCCCCGUCGCCUUACUCCAAGAGUAGGGGGUGUGCAUAGGCAGGUACAAAACCUAUGCUUAAAACUUUCUUCAGGGAAAGUUCAUACUUACAUUUAUUGUUGUUCACACCUACUUUUCACCCACUUUUCCCCUACGGAUAUAUUUUUAUUUACCAAGCAACGUUAUUUGACCCAAGAUGAUUGACACGGUGACAGGACCUACAGCACUGCCUUUUGCAGUCCAAUUGAAGGCCUUAACAGACCUGGAGGGCCGCUUCCAGCCAAAACUGAGUGGUUUGAGGAUCAUUGAGAGUGCACAGGAUAAUGGACUGAGGAUGACGACCAGACUCCGAGAGCUGGAGGUGAAGGACCUGCUCACUCUGACCAGGUUCUUUGGUUUCAGCUCUGACACUUUCUCUCUGGCCAUCAGCCUGCUAGACCGCUUCCUCUCGGUCAUGAAGAUACAACCAAAGCACCUGUCCUGUGUGGGUCUCUGCUGCUUCUACAUCGCUGUGAAGUCCUCGGAAGACAAGAAAAAUGUCCCCCUCGCCAACGACCUGAUCCGCAUCAGUCAGAACCGCUUCACCGUGUCUGACAUGAUGCGGAUGGAGAAGAUCAUUAUGGAGAAAGUCAACUGGAAGGUGAAGGCGCCCACUGCCCUCCGCUUCCUCCGCCUCUUUCACAGCCAUGUCCAGGAGCAGCUUGGCACUGAGAGUGAGAACUUCCUGAGCCUCGAGAGACUGGAGGCUCAACUGAAAGCUUGCCACUGCUCUUUUGUCUUCUCCAAAUUGAAGCCAUCUCUGCUUGCCAUGGCUCUCUUGUGUCUUGAGGUUGACAACCAACAUGACCCAGAGCACAGGGAGAACAUUUCUGAGGCCCUGAACAAUCUGCAUAAGAUACUGACUCUCAAAGAUGGCGAUCUUGUGUGUGUGCGGGAGUUGGUGGGGAAAUGCCUGGCUGAAUACGCCACCACCAAGUGCUCCAGGCCCAACAGCCAGAGGCUUCGCUGGACAAUUUCGGGAAGAACGGCUCGUCAGCUUAAGCACAGCUACUACAAGAUCACUCAUCUUCCCACCAUACCUGAGUCAGCUUGUUAAAAGUCUUGGCCACCAUGCCAUCACCUGACCCGAAAUUACCUUAUUCUCUGAUUGGAUGUACCUUUUCAGGUGAUUAGGCUUUUUUUUUUUUUUUUUUUUUUUUAACUUAAAGAGCCUCAACAGUGAGAUGGCGUUCUCUAAGUUAAAACAGUUUUCCUACUUAACAGACAACUAUCCUGUCACUUCUAUUUCCGCGGGUGUGCGAGUGCACAAGUAUGUCCUUGUUUGAAUCCGUACCAUGGUGUUUGGUAUUUCCUGGAACGGGUUGUUUGUUUUAAGCUCAAAGUAUUGAACCACCUAGGUCCUCAGUCCACCAUGUGGAAGAGGAGGGAGAAGGAUUUUGAGAAACAAAAAUAUGGAACCAAGAAAUCGGGCCCAAAAUCCUUAACUUCCACCCUAGGUUGCUAAGCUGUCUUGAAUGCACACUCCUACCCAAGGUGUUUUUUUUUUCUUUUUUUCAAAGAGCAAGUUAAAGCUAUUGGUGAAACCGCCACAUUCACUUAACGUGAGCGGUCAUCAGCGUUUGAAGAUGAGGGUUUUUUUUCUCCAUUUGAUACAUUUGAUGGCACAGAGUGAAGCGCCACACGUUUUCAAUUACGAAGACAAUGGAAUUUGCAUUGCAUUUCCUUUUCCAAUUUCUUUGUGUUGUAUGACAAGUGUCACUUUUAGUUCCAAAAAUACAUUCAAAAGGACUGAAAACACUAUCUCCAAAUGUACUUGUACCUUUCAAUAAAACUUUAUUGAAAAGCUA